AUGCCUAUGCAGCUGUUGGCGUUACCGAAAGCUUUCGGGCUGAAGGAUUCCGUCGCCAAAGGUGAGAUUGGGAUAAUCCCGCUCGGCGGUUAUAGAGGUGUCAACGCGCAAUCGCGUAAAGCGCUGCAAUGGUUAUUACUGAAGGAGCGUGAGCUCGGACGCGCGAUAAUUCACGCGGCGAGAGGUCGGGAACAGCGUUUAUUGGAAGGCCCGCUCGUCAACGGAUAUUAUGAGACGGAGAAUCUCCGGCAGCGUCACGUGCUGCAAUUUCAUGGCUGUUUUUGGCACGGAUGUCCCAAGUGUUUCCGCGUGAACCGCAACAGACCGCUCUCAACCGUGUCCUGCGAGGAUACAAUCGAAGCACGUUACGAGCGCACACUCGCGAUGACGUGUCGUUUUAAAAAACGGGGACGGGAGCUUUUCCGCUGUCAUCCGGACAUUUACGUGGGUGAGGAGCGUUGCGCCUUGAUCGGAGCAGGCCCCGAUUUUAACUUUGACGCCGUAGAAGGCCUCAUACGUUGCAGGGUGCUCGCGCCGCGUGAUCUCUUCCAUCCAAUACUCCCUUAUCGUGUUAAUGGAAAAUUGCUAUUCGCGCUUUGUCGCAGCUGCUGCAAGACAUUUUCUCAGACCGCGUGUACGCACGAUGACCCUGUCGAUCGCGAAUUUGAAGGCGCGUGGGUGUCUUGCGAGUUACGCAAAGCUAUUGAAAAAAGUUAUCGCGUCACGAGUGUGAGCGAAAUAUGGAGCUACAAAAUUACGCGAUACGAUCCGGUUACGCGAUGGGGAGGAUUGUUCGCCGAGUAUAUCAACUGUUUUCUGCAGUUGAAACAAGAGGCCAGCGGAUGGCCAAACGAAUGCGCGAAUGACGAAGGCGGCAAGGAACGGUAUCUGCGCGAAUACGAGAAAAUCGAGGGUAUUGUUCUCAAUAGGUCGAAUAUCUCCCCGAAUCCAGGCUUGCGCUCGGUCGCGAAGCUCUGUCUCAACUCUUUCUGGGGUAAAUUCGGCCAACAGUCCAGUACCGAGAUCGUUAGAACGUGGGAGAGUUUUACGGCUCUGCUCACGAGCUCGGAGCACGAAAUAACAGAUGUAUUGCCCGUAAACGACGAAGUGAUAUAUGUUUCAUGGAGAAGCCGUCACACCUUCUCCGCUGACCAGCGUCGCGAUAGCCGCUUACACCACGGCGUUAGCCCGAUUAAAGCUAUCACCAAUGAUCCCGACGAGUACAAGCCGCGUACGGGAAAUUUUUUGGGCGACAUGACGGACGAACUCGAGAGUCACGGCCCCAGUAGCUACCAGUACAUCGAGACUUCCAUUAAGUCAUUGUUAUUAGCCGACGAAAAGUUAAAGAGGGGGGAAGAGACGGGCGAGGAUAAAACCGUGAUAAAACUGCGAUUUAGCGCGAUUCGGCGUACCGUAUUUCACGACAUCGUCACAAGAGACGAGACAAAGUCCUGCAUACCUGUAUUACUAAAACGUAUUUUUAACGACAACGGAUACUCCGCACCGUACGGUUACGUUUCCAGCGAAUAG